UUUCUCUAACAAGGUCUGCAGGCCAGCUCUGGUCUCGGCUCUUCUUUGACACUCUUACCUCAGCCCUAGCUGCUCUUUAUAUAUGGUAAUCCUGUUUUGGAAUUAUCUUGCUUCUUUACUAGCCAAUCCAUUAUUAUUCCAACCCCCUAUUAUACUUAAUAAGUCUUUAAAUAAAACUUUCCUUAUUAAAAAAAUGUAAUUCCUGUUCAAAAAGUGGGGUUCUUCUCUCCUGAUUGGACCCGGACUGAUACACCUGGUAAUUUUUAAAGGUGACUAUAAAGUUUGAUGAGCUGUCAAAAUUAAGGAUUUAUGUUCAACAUAGGACAAAAUUAAUACUUAAUGGAAUAGAAGACAAUUUAAAUGUCUAAAACUGACGAGUGACACCUGUAAUAUACAAGAAACCAUCAGGAAGAAAAAUGGGCAGUGGAUAUGGAUAAGCAGUUUUAAAAGGAGGAAACUCAAAAGACCAUCAUUAAACGUUUGGGCUGGCACAGUGGCUCACGCCUGUAAUCCCAACACUUUGGGAGGCCUAGGUGGGUGGAUCACCUGAGGUCAGGAGUUCAAGACCAGCUGGCCAACAGGAUGAAACCCCGUCUCUACUAAAAAUACAAAAAUUAGCCGGGCGUGGUGGUGGGUGCCUGUAAUCCUAGCUACUUGGGAGGUUGAGGCGCAAGAAUCGCUUGAACCUGGGAGGCAGUUUGCAGUGAGCCGAGAUGGUGCCACUUCACUCCAGCCUAGGCGACAGAGUGAUAAGAUUCCUUUUAUUUUUCAAACCAAUGGGGCUGUGUCUUUUGUCCCCCUCGGUCCCCAGGGGUGGGGGGGCCUUGGAAGGCAGGGUGGUGUUGGGGGGCUGGGGGGCAGGCUGAGAGUGUGUGUGUGUGUGUGUGUGUGUGUGGAGUGUGGGUGUGUGUUUCCAUGGUAGGACUCCAGUCCCAGCUGCUGCCUAGGCUCCUGUGGGUCCGACCGGGUUCCCCCUCACCUGUCCACCUUCCCCAACAGGGCUAUAGUUUCAGGGUGUCCCAGGCCUUGGCUGGUUGGCUGGACCCAGCUCCUGGGGGCUGGGCAGGGCAGGGCCGGGUCCACUUCCAUUGUUAGCAGUUGUUUGCAGAAUUUUCUCUUUUACCAUUCCUUUUUGUUCUCGCCCAGAGUGGGUGGUUUUUUGUUGUUGUUUUAGAUUUUCAUGUGAAGGCAGAGAGUUUUUUUUCUUUUUUAACUCCCCAUCCCCCUAUGCGGGGUGUCAUUUCACCAUCCACAUCCUUGUUUGCAUUUCUGGCCCUCGUCCUCCCUGCCUCUCCUCUGCCUCCCCAACCCUCGCCUACCUACUGCUCCCAGGGGUCUCUCCAGGGGCAGGGGGAUUUCAGGAGAUGGGGUGGGGGCCAGCCCCUACUGGACCCUUGUAAUCUGAUUUGAAGACCAUCCCCCUGAUGGGACCAGCAGCCCCUCCGGCCAACUGGGGGUCCCUCUUAACAUCUGCUUGUUGUGGGGGUCAGUGCCACGGUCUGCUGGGGUCUUGGCACUGUCUUCCUGGCCGGGGCCUGGCACCUUAGCCCCCAGCCGGCCCGAGUGGGGGAUAUCGACACCCCCAGCUAAAGCACAAGCACCUUAGUCAUCCCUCCUCUCCCCCUGCCUCCUGGCCUGCCACCCCACCCCAGCGUUUACCCCAAAGCACAAUGCCCUGGUCACUUGGCAAGUGGCUGGGCCUGACGGAGGCCAAGGGGCAGACCGGGGCUCCAGCCAGACCCCCGAAAGGAAGCAGGUGCUCCCCCACUUCCAGCACUUAGUUGGGGCGGGGGGCCCAGCUCCUGGGCCUAGGGUCUUCUCACCCCCACCCCCUUGUCCUGGGUAGGCCCCUGCCUGCCCCUCUCUGCCUUUUCCUCGGGUGUCCCUCCUCGAGCCCCUGCGGCACUGGCUUGGGUGGCAGAGCCCACUUGUUUCAGGGACCCCAGGAGGUGGUGCCCCCUGGCUCCCAGGACUGUGUGUGGGUCUGGGGGGUGGGGGGGUGGGGAGAAGUGUCGGGCAGGGGGUGCAGGGGAGGAAACUCCUCACCAGGAAAGCCAAAGACAGGGUUGUGCCUUACCCCAGGAGCCACCCCUGUGCCCCCUUGCCCUGCCGUUCACCCUCCACCUUUCCCCCCGGGCGGCCUGCUGCUUUUUCCUUCUCUUCCUCCCCUGCCCUGCCCUGAGCUGCAUGGUUCCCCCACCCUGGGCAGCCAGGAAGGAGUCUGAAUGGAGAAUCACCAACCACCAAAGAAAUAAAGACUGCGGGGCCCUCCCCUGCCAACUCCCCUUCCCUGGCCGCCCACUCACCCACACCUCUUUCACGCAGGACAGGCUGCCCACCCUGUCCACGUGAAGUGCCAACGCCCUCCCCACCCUGGGCCAAGCCCCCACCCCUCCCUGGGCCCCCAAGUGAGACUGCACAUUUAACUACUGUAAGGAGAGGAGCGGCGUUGGCAAAUGUGAACCAUGAGAAUAUCAGUGAUACUGAUGAGAAUAAACUAAACGCCUUUGUAAAAAAAAAAAAAAAAAAAAAAGUCUGGAGCCAGGCGUGGUGGCUCGCCUGUAAGCCAAGCACUUUAGGAGGCCAAAGCGGCAGGACGGCUUGAGGCCAGGAGUUGGAGACUAGCCUGGGCAACAUGGCGAAACCCGUCUCUACUAAAAAUAGCUGCGCAUGGUGGCUCCGCCUGUAGUUCCAGCUACCGGAAGGCUGAGGCGGGAGGAUUAGAGACUGAAGCUAUAGUGAGCCAUGAUCAGACCACUGCACUCAAACCUGGGUAAGGCAGCAAGACCCUAUAUCAAAAAAGAAAGAAAGAAAAACCACAAUGAUUACGCAAGUCGCCGCCCUCCCUCCUGCGAUUGUUGCUAUUUCCAUCCAGCUACUAGUCUCCUCCUCCCGCCCGACACCUGGCGCGUCUAUCUGACGUCACGAACGCGCCACACAGAUUCGGGCUGCGCAACCUCUGUGGCCGUCUACACGGCGCGCAGAUGCGAAUAUUCUCGCGGCGCCGGAUGUCCGGAGCACGUGACCUGGUGACAGUGCUGGCUUGGCUCUACAGCUCGAUCUAGGUUCUGCGGCACGGGAUGGCGGAGGCGCCUCCUGUCUCAGGUACUUUUAAAUUCAAUACAGAUGCUGCUGAAUUCAUUCCUCAGGAGAAAAAAAAUUCUGGUCUAAAUUGUGGGACUCAAAGGAGACUAGACUCUAAUAGGAUUGGUAGAAGAAAUUACAGUUCACCACCUCCCUGUCACCUUUCCAGGCAGGUCCCUUAUGAUGAAAUCUCUGCUGUUCAUCAGCAUAGUUAUCAUCCGUCAGGAAGCAAACCUAAGAGUCAACAGACGUCUUUCCAGUCCUCUCCUUGUAAUAAAUCGCCCAAGAGCCAUGGCCUUCAGAAUCAACCUUGGCAGAAAUUGAGGAAUGAGAAGCACCAUAUCAGAGUCAAGAAAGCACAGAGUCUUGCUGAGCAGACCUCAGAUACAGCUGGAUUAGAGAGCUCGACCAGAUCAGAGAGUGGGACAGACCUCAGAGAGCAUAGCCCUUCUGAGAGUGAGAAGGAAGUUGUGGGUGCAGAUCCCAGGGGAGCAAAACCCAAAAAAGCAACACAGUUUGUAUACAGCUAUGGUAGAGGACCAAAAGUCAAGGGGAAACUCAAAUGUGAAUGGAGUAACCGAACAACUCCAAAACCCGAGGAUGCUGGACCCGAAAGUACCAAACCCGUGGGGGUUUUCCACCCUGACUCUUCAGAGGCAUCCUCUAGAAAAGGAGUAUUGGAUGGGUAUGGAGCCAGACGAAAUGAGCAGAGAAGAUACCCACAGAAAAGGCCUCCCUGGGAAGUGGAGGGGGCCAGGCCACGACCAGGCAGAAAUCCACCAAAACAGGAGGGCCACCGACAUACAAAUGCAGGACACAGAAACAACAUGGGCCCCAUUCCAAAGGAUGACCUCAGUGAAAGACCAGCAAAAUCUACCUGUGACAGUGAGAACUUGGCAGUCAUCAACAAGUCUUCCAGGAGGGUUGACCAAGAGAAAUGCACUGUACGGAGGCAGGAUCCUCAAGUAGUAUCUCCUUUCUCCCGAGGCAAACAGAACCACGUGCUAAAGAAUGUGGAAACGCACACAGGUUCUCUAAUUGAACAACUAACAACAGAAAAAUACGAGUGCAUGGUGUGCUGUGAAUUGGUUCGUGUCACGGCCCCAGUGUGGAGUUGUCAGAGCUGUUACCAUGUGUUUCAUUUGAACUGCAUAAAGAAAUGGGCAAGGUCUCCAGCAUCUCAAGCAGAUGGCCAGAGUGGUUGGAGGUGCCCUGCCUGUCAGAAUGUUUCUGCACAUGUUCCUAAUACCUACACUUGUUUCUGUGGCAAGGUAAAGAAUCCUGAGUGGAGCAGAAAUGAAAUUCCACAUAGCUGUGGUGAGGUUUGUAGAAAGAAACAGCCUGGCCAGGACUGCCCACAUUCCUGUAACCUUCUCUGCCAUCCAGGACCCUGCCCACCCUGCCCUGCCUUUAUGACAAAAACGUGUGAAUGUGGACGAACCAGGCACACAGUUCGCUGUGGUCAGGCUGUCUCAGUCCACUGUUCUAACCCAUGUGAGAAUAUUUUGAACUGUGGUCAGCACCAGUGUGCUGAGCUGUGCCAUGGGGGUCAGUGCCAGCCUUGCCAGAUCAUUUUGAACCAGGUAUGCUAUUGCGGCAGCACCUCCCGAGAUGUGUUAUGUGGAACCGAUGUAGGAAAGUCUGAUGGAUUUGGGGAUUUCAGCUGUUUAAAGAUAUGUGGCAAGGACUUGAAAUGCGGUAACCAUACAUGUUCGCAAGUGUGCCACCCUCAGCCCUGCCAGCCAUGCCCACGGCUCCCCCAGCUGGUGCGCUGUUGCCCCUGUGGCCAAACUCCUCUCAGCCAAUUGCUAGAACUUGGAAGUAGUAGUCGGAAAACAUGCAUGGACCCUGUGCCUUCAUGUGGAAAAGUGUGCGGCAAGCCUCUGCCUUGUGGUUCCUUAGAUUUCAUUCAUACCUGUGAAAAGCUCUGCCAUGAAGGAGACUGUGGACCAUGCUCUCGCACAUCAGUUAUUUCCUGCAGAUGCUCUUUCAGAACAAAGGAGCUUCCAUGUACCAGUCUCAAAAGUGAAGCAGAUGCUACAUUUAUGUGUGACAAGCGGUGUAACAAGAAACGGUUGUGUGGACGGCAUAAAUGUAAUGAGAUAUGCUGUGUGGAUAAGGAGCACAAGUGUCCUUUGAUUUGUGGGAGGAAACUCCGUUGUGGCCUUCAUAGGUGUGAAGAACCUUGUCAUCGUGGAAACUGCCAGACAUGCUGGCAAGCCAGUUUUGAUGAAUUAACCUGCCAUUGUGGUGCAUCAGUGAUUUACCCUCCAGUUCCCUGUGGUACUAGGCCCCCCGAAUGUACCCAAACCUGCGCUAGAGUCCAUGAGUGUGACCAUCCAGUAUAUCAUUCUUGUCAUAGUGAGGAGAAGUGUCCCCCUUGCACUUUCCUAACUCAGAAGUGGUGCAUGGGCAAGCAUGAGUUUCGGAGCAACAUCCCCUGUCACCUGGUUGAUAUCUCUUGCGGAUUACCCUGCAGUGCCACGCUACCAUGUGGGAUGCACAAAUGUCAGAGACUCUGUCAUAAAGGGGAGUGUCUUGUGGAUGAGCCCUGCAAGCAGCCCUGCACCACCCCCAGAGCUGACUGUGGUCACCCGUGUAUGGCACCCUGCCAUACCAGCUCACCCUGCCCUGUGACUGCUUGUAAAGCUAAGGUAGAGCUACAGUGUGAAUGUGGACGAAGAAAAGAGAUGGUGAUUUGCUCUGAAGCAUCUAGUACUUAUCAAAGAAUAGCUGCAAUUUCCAUGGCCUCUAAGAUAACAGACAUGCAGCUUGGAGGUUCAGUGGAGAUCAGCAAGUUAAUUACCAAAAAGGAAGUUCAUCAAGCCAGGCUGGAGUGUGAUGAGGAGUGUUCAGCCUUGGAAAGGAAAAAGAGAUUAGCAGAGGCAUUUCAUAUCAGUGAGGAUUCUGAUCCUUUCAAUAUACGUUCUUCAGGGUCAAAAUUCAGUGAUAGUUUGAAAGAAGAUGCCAGGAAGGACUUAAAGUUUGUCAGUGACGUUGAGAAGGAAAUGGAAACCCUCGUGGAGGCCGUGAAUAAGGGAAAGAAUAGUAAGAAAAGCCACAGCUUCCCUCCCAUGAACAGAGACCACCGCCGGAUCAUCCAUGACCUGGCCCAAGUUUAUGGCCUGGAGAGCGUGAGCUAUGACAGUGAACCGAAGCGCAAUGUGGUGGUCACUGCCAUCAGGGGAAAGUCCGUUUGUCCUCCUACCACGCUGACAGGUGUGCUUGAAAGGGAAAUGCAGGCACGGCCUCCACCACCGAUUCCUCAUCACAGACAUCAGUCAGACAAGAAUCUUGGGAGCAGUAAUGUACAGAAAAUAACCAAGGAGCCAAUAAUUGACUAUUUUGACGUCCAGGACUAAGAAGAUCAUGAUGCACUUAGAUAAAAGAAUGAUUAGGUGUAGUGGAGACUUAUUUGCCAGCAGAUAAAUCAUGCCCGUUCCCCUCUGCCUGGCAGAAUCACAGUCUCACAUACUGUCUUGUACUGACACAUCCAAAGCAUGAGUGUGUCAGAAAUCCCUUGUCUAUUCCUGUCUGUAUAAAGUGUUUCAUUAUGACCAGAUCUCUGAUUGUAUGGUCACUAGGUAUGCAAUCACGCAUUCAAAGAGGCUCUUUACACCAUCACUGUGAUUGCUCUGAGAGUUGGGGGACUAUUGGGCUUUAUUUGGACAAACCAAACUUGUAGCCUGAAACCAACUUUAUGCCACUAAGUCAUAGCCUUAGUUGUCCCAGUUAUUUGUCCUCCUGAAAAUGCCUGAAACAUCAGACAGACAUUGCUUGCUUUACCCAAACUGAUCAAAAUCUUUAGGAGCACAAAUGAAUUUUUUAGUCUGAAAUACCAAAUAAUGAAUUGGUAUACCAUAUCUGGAAUCACACAUGUUAUCUUAAACCCAGCCAUCAUACCUAAGUCUUUUACCAAAACCUCUCAUAGGUAUAUCUAGCUGAACUUAUUUUGGCAUUUCCCAAUGUGAUCAGUUCUAGACCUAGAAGGGGGUCAGGCUGCUUUACAGAAUUCUAUUUCCUUAAGUCCCUGGCACUUCUCAUACCACAUCACUGAAGCUGUUCAGUAGCAAUCAGUUUGGCUGUCCCCCAUGAUGGUAGGAAAUACAGAGAGCAAGUUCUUCUGCCAGGGUCACACUGUGGUCUCUGAAAUGACCAGUAUAUCCCUAACUCCUCUUUGAUAGAGAAAGAGUCUCAAAUGGACAACUGUCCUGUGUUGCUUUCCCUAGGCCUUCAGCAGCCUUAUUGGCUCUCCCUGCCUCUUAGCUCUGGACUCUGUUUGAAUAUUCCAAGUAGUAUAUGGACAGUCCAGGGCUUAUGCCCAGCAGCCCACUGGAGGCAUUCUUCAGGCUCCUUUAAGGCAGGUGCAUUGAUAGUUCCAUUAGUGUGACCCUUGCAUUGGCACCCCUCCAGCCUGGAGGCCAGGCUUCCAGCAACUUCCUUCUGCCCCAGAGCAAGCCAUGAGCCCCAGAGCAGUAGCAGGAGACUUGAGAAAUAGAGUGACAAAAACAAGCACUUAAUUAAAUUAUAAAAUUUAACUUUA